AUGGAUGCUAAUACAUUAUCGCACGCAUCCACCCUCUUCGCUCGAGCCGACUCUAGCUCUCGCCCAUCCUAUUACAAGGCGAUCGGUGUUUCUCUCGCGGUCGCAUCGGGUGUCUUUAUCGGUGUUUCGUUUGUUUUGAAGAAGAUUGGUCUUCUCAGGGCAAAUGUCAAAUAUAAUGAGGAAGCUGGAGAGGGAUAUGGCUAUCUGAAAAAUGUUCUCUGGUGGUCUGGCAUGACUCUGAUGAUCAUUGGCGAAAUCUGCAACUUUGUUGCCUACGCUUUCGUCGACGCUAUCCUAGUCACCCCCCUGGGUGCUUUGUCUGUGGUCAUCACCACGAUCUUAUCAGCGAUCUUCCUCAAGGAACGACUUAGUUUUGUGGGCAAGGUUGGCUGUUUCUCGUGUAUCAUUGGAUCAGUGGUUAUUGCGAUGAAUGCGCCCCAGCAAUCUUCCGUCAGCAACAUUCAAGAGAUGCAGCACUAUGUUAUUGCGCCUGGAUUCUUGACAUACGCCGGUGUCAUCAUCGUCGGCUCUAUAUUCACUGCAUUUUGGGCAGGUCCCCGAUAUGGCAAGCAGAGCAUGUUCGUGUACAUCAGCAUUUGCAGUAUGGUUGGUGGUUUAAGUGUGGUUGCAACUCAAGGUCUGGGAUCGGCGAUCAUAGCCUGGAUCGGGGGUGAGCCGCAGUAUAAAGAGUGGUUUCUCUGGGUUUUAUUUGCCUUUGUUAUUUGCACCCUGCUGACGGAGAUCAUCUUCCUCAAUAAAGCGUUGAAUCUCUUUAAUGCGGCCCUCGUUACACCGACCUACUAUGUCAUGUUCACCAGUGCCACGAUUGUGACUUCCGCUAUCCUGUUCCAAGGCUUCAAGGGUACUGCCACGGAGAUCUCAACGGUGAUUAUGGGAUUCCUGCAGAUUUGCACUGGUGUCGUCCUUCUCCAGAUUUCUAAAUCUGCGAAAGAUGUGCCCGACGCCGCUGUCUUCAAAGGUGACUUGGACCAAAUCCGUGAGGUCGUCACCCAGGAGGAGCCAGAAUCAGAGCCCAGGGCAGACUCGAUCCGUGGUGCAGCCUCUAUUAUUCGCCGCAUCUCGACUGCUCGUCGUACCAUGGAGUCUGAUGAGGCCCGACGCUUCUUCCAUGAUAAGCAUGAAGAUACCCUCAAGCCCCCUGGUCAAAAUGAAAUCAUUGAAUGGGAUGGAAUCCGCCGGCGGAAAACUAUCCUCGGGGAAGGACCCACAAUGUCUCGUGCAUCCACUCCUAGAACACCCUCAGUCAGGAGACAACUUCCACCGCUCGGAAUGUCACACUUUCCAGAUCCAGAGGACGAGGAUGAUCACCGACCGUCAACCAAGCAAAGUGGACAUUCGUUCUUAUCUGAUAUUCGGUCAAGGACUUCAAGUUUGCGCCACCCUCAGCAGUGGAUUCCGUUGAAGGAACAGGAUGAAAAGCCUACAGGUGCAGAGGAUGCCGCAGCGACUCAAGAUGGUGACAUAGUCGACACGGAGUAUCAUGGUGCUUCGGCUCGUCAAAUGAUAGGCCGUGAGAGAAGCGAUACUCCUCGAUCUAUCGCUUGGGCCGAUGAAAAAGCCGACGAAAAUAACCUGGAGCCACCAAGAAAUACCGCGCGCCGUCAGUUCUCCUUCAACAGCAUGCUAGGUCGCAUGAGAGUCAGCCGUGAGCCAUCUCCCAAGCGCCCUACCAGUCCUCCACGUGGAAUUCUUCGUCGGCCCACGAACCAAGGAACAGAAGAAGAACGACUUGGACUUGUGAAGGGUGAUUCCCGAACAGCACAGCCAGAGGAGAGUCUCAAUGAGAAGUUAGACCGGUGGUCAAGCGGCGAGUCGGAGCAUAAAGUUGAACCCCAACCCUUGCGCACUCACAGAGACUCUGUGUCAUCCAUGUCGACCGCAGCCUUCCCACCAUAUGAAGACCACCAUCAUGCAAUGUAUAGCAACCCGGGUGCUUCCGCGUCGAACCCCUACUAUCUGCCACCGAUACGACAAGCUGAGUCGCCAGAACAAGCGGAAGAGUACGAGGGCUGGCAACUACCGCCAUCCAGUGCUCGUGGCCACAAUCGCACACGAACAAAUUCAUCAUCCCAUGCCCGCGCUCCACCACCCUCCCAGUCCUCCUUCUCUACCCAUCGCCACCCCAACCCGCUCCCUCCUUUGCCCGAUGACACUGCGGUCGGAGUGCGAUCCAUCUCGUCCGGCUCGUCCGACAUGGGCGUGGCUUCCAUGCACUCGUCUACCGAGGGCCAAGACCCUGAGAACACCCGUCCUUCCCAGAUGUCUCGCCAAAGCAGUGGUUGGCGUAGGCACAUGUCUGAGCUGAGCAGUCACAACGGCGAAGAGGAGCACAGAGGAAGUGGGCAUGGUGGUGCAUUUGUCUAA